AUGUGUUCUCGACAGUCUAACAAACACAGUGGAAGUAUCUUGUAUUUAUUUCAGACCACAAAGAACAAGAAGACUAGAAAGUUGCGUGGUCAUGUCAGUCACGGACAUGGUCGCAUAGGUAAGCACAGAAAGCAUCCUGGUGGUCGUGGUAAUGCUGGUGGUCAGCAUCAUCAUAGAAUCAACUUUGAUAAAUACCAUCCAGGUUACUUUGGUAAGGUCGGUAUGAGAUACUACCAUAAGACAAAGAACCAGUUCCACUGCCCAACACUCAAUGUGGAUAGGAUCUGGUCUCUGGUUACUGAACAGACAAGAGAAAAAUACGCUAAGGAAACCAGCAAAGCCCCUGUGAUUGAUUGUGUCAGAGCUGGUUACUUCAAGGUACUUGGAAAAGGACAUCUUCCCAAGCAGCCAUGUAUUGUGAAGGCCAAGUUUUUCAGCCAACAAGCACAGAAAAAGAUUCGACAAGCUGGUGGUGCCUGUGUGUUGGUCGCUUAGAAUGUACAUACUGACAAAUAAAGAGAAAAAUCUUAA